AUGACUACUCCUACAAUUCGAAUUGACGGCAUCGUCAACCCCGCCGCGCAACCUCAUCCCGAACUGAUCAUGGCCGAGGGUGCUCCCUCAAUUGCACCCUCAUUGACCUACUCAGACGAUUCCGACUCCCAAGAAGACGAGCCCGUCAUUCCUCUCGAGCGCCGCCGCCGUGCAUCCACACGCCUGAUUGCCCAGAAUGCUAGGGACAUUCAGCGAAUCACUGGUGAGACACCAGCUGAGUAUAUGGGGCGCUGCUGUGGUGGAGCUUGCUGCAUGAGCGACCGAAACAAUGUCGAGUACGAGCAGGUUACACUGCCUGACAACGAUGCCUUCAAGUCUCUGGGUCUUCGACUCGAGAACAUCCCAGCCAACCUGGCCGGUAUCAUCCCUAUGCCCGAGCAAACUGUCUCGUUCACCUCAAUUCCUUGGCCGACUUCUUCUCCCACCGAUUCUGCCGUGUCUCUCGGCUCCGAUUCUGAGCCUGCUUCUUCGGCCGCCUCAUCAAAGAACAACUACCUUGUACCAGGUCCCGAGUACGCGGGCGUUGAUACCUCAAUUCAACCUCCUCGCUUCGUUCAACCUCACCCUCCCCAUAACGUUUACCCAGCCAGGAUCCACAACACUCGCGAGCUCACUAAGCCUGGUGCUGAGAAGAGAACUUUCCAUUUCGACCUCGAUAUUACCGACUAUCCUCCAGAGGAGGUCUUCGACUUCAAGGUUGGUGGUGCCAUUGGCGUCAUGGCCCCCAACGAUGAGAUUUCUGUGGAUGAAAUCCUCGACACUCUUAUGAUCCCGCGCUUCCAGCGUGAUAAGCCUGUUCUCAUGAAGACCACCAAGGGCCGCUGGCCCACUGUCUGGGGUGACGAGAAGCCACGAGAACUCAUCACUACCCGCCGUGAGCUCCUCACCUGGACCACCGAUAUUCAGUCCUAUGCUCCAACCAAGGAGCUUCUUCGCGUAAUUGCUGAGCACGCCACUGCUCCCAACGAAAAGAAGAUUCUUAUGUACCUUUGUUCCAACGAGGGUGCUAGCAUCUUCGCUGACUUCCGUGGCGGACCCCAUGUGACUCUCUCACAGAUCCUCAACGCAUUCCCCAGCUCCCACCCUCCUAUGGAUCAACUUCUCUCGGUUCAAGCUCAGCUUAUGCCACGAUUUUAUUCUCUUUCCAACGACCCUACAGAAUCAUACACACUCCGAGAGCACGCCCAGCGUCGCUUGAUCGAGAUCGCCGUCACAGUCCAUGACUCGAUGGACUGGAGACGUGGAUGCCGUGCCGGUGUUGGAUCUGGCUUUUUUGAGCGUCAGGCUCACAAGUUCAUGAGAGCUCAAGCUGCUGGUGAACGUGCACCACAAGUGUUUAUCCCUAUGUUCAAGGGUUUGAUGGCCAACCCAUUAGCCAAGCAGUUCAACUCGGAUGGUCCCAUGCUGCUGAUUGGUGCCGGUGUCGGUAUUGCCCCCUUCCGUGGUUUCGUCCAGCGACGCCUCAAGCAGGCCAACUGUGCCAACAAGGUCUGGGUCCUCCAAGGCAUUCGAGACUCAUUGGUAGAUGAGAUCUACAGUGGUGAGUGGGGAGUGCACGAGGAAGAGGUCAAGCGUGUUGUCCAAAGUCGAGUGGGUACUGGCAAGUAUGUACAAGAGGAGGUUAUGAACCAAUCUGAUCUGGUCUGGUACAUCAUCAACUCUCUGGACGGCCGCAUCUUUGUAUGUGGAAGCAGUAAGGGUAUGGGUGAAGGUGUUGAGGAAGCUCUUUGUGACGUUGCCAUGGAGAAAGGUAACCUCGAGCGCGAAGAGGCUCACAACUUCUGGCAGCUCAAAAAGGAGGAGGGCAAGUACAUCUCUGAGACAUGGUAG